UAAAGUGGGAAGCGGUGAGGCUGCCGUGGUGACGGUCCGGCGCCGUCCUUCAGAUCACCUGUCGCCACCAUGGAGCGUGUUUUGUUUUCCCGGAAGCAACUAGGCGGCUCGCAGGCUCACGGCGGAUGUUGACAGAGGCGGAUUAACGGGUUUUCGGGGCGGAGGAGGGACGACAUUUGUGACGGAGCCGGUUUCAAGCAUUUUGUGGUUCUGACACGGCGCUAACGUUAGCUUAGCCACGAACGACUCCGGAGCUUCAAUGAGACUUGGAGCCCGAUAAAAGGUCUUGAAGCUGUUUGACGGUAUACGCGUCUCUCUCGUGUCGGUCGAGCCUGGGAACACAAGGGCGGUGUGUUCCAAAGACGAACGAACGGUAGGUACGUGGCUGGUGGGGAGAUUUGUGGACUAUGGGGACUCAAGGACCCGGCAGAAAGAGGCUGCCGAACCUGGAGAAGCUGACCGCAGAGGACGAUGCUCUCAAACAGAUCGCCCGGGAGGCGGAAGCGCGUUUGGCAGCGAGGCGGGCAGCGAGGGCAGAGGCCAGAGACAUUCGGAUGAAAGAGCUGGAGAGGCAACACAAAGAGAAGUAUUACGGUCUGGAUUAUAAAUGGGGUCACAUUGAACAGUGGAUGGAGGACGGCGAGCGCUAUUCUCGCCACUUGCGGAGAAUCGCUUCGCUGUCAGAUGAUGAAGAGCGGAUGUCUGUGGGGAGUCGAGGCAGUCUAAAGCCUUCAGACUACAGCUCAUUUCUCGGUUCUGGCUCUCGGGCAUCCUCCAGAGCUAGUUCAGCUCGGGCAAGCCCUGUGGUGGAGGACAGACUUGACAGAGAUUUUCUGGAUAGAGGCUCCAGGACAGCACUGAAUCUUUCCGCAGCCACUCUAUCGCCGCUGGGUGGAGCUUCAUCUCGCAGAGGAAGCUGUGACACAUCAAUCUCCAUAGAGAUGGAGGCAUCAAUCAGGGAGAUGAAGGACUCCGUGGCAGAGGCAGAGGAAAAGUAUCGCCGGGCGAUGGUUUCAAAUGCUCAGUUGCACAACGACAAGUCAACUUUGAUGUAUCAGGUGGAAACUCUGCGGGAGGAACUGAGUGACAUGGAGGAGCUGCUUUGGGAGGCGCGACGCCAAUCCGAUGAGCGCACAAAGGCAUAUGAGCGUGAGCGGGACUGUCACUUUGUCCUUCAGUUCCAGUUUAAAGAGAUGAAAGAGACUAUGAGACGAAGUGAAGAACUGCUGAUGGAAGCGUCACAGUUACGAGAACAAACACAUGCUUACUCUCUGGAGGUGUCUGACUUGCAGGAGGCUCUGCAGUGGAAGGAGAAGAAGAUCGCGGCUUUAGAGCGUCAGAGGGAAAUCUCUGACGUCAUUCAGAUCGAGCGCGACCAGCUGAGAGUUGAGGUGCUCACCCUCCGAGAUAUUCUCAAGAAAUACGGAGAGGUCAUUUCCCCAGAGGUCGCAACCAAUGGGGGGCCUAGAUUGGACGAGGCUGAGGAAGAGGUCAGCAACAGCUUUGCAUCCCAGUUGGCAAAGGAAGCUCCCGGGAGCAGAGAGAGCAUGCUGGAGCUGCAUCUGAAGAAGCUAUUUGAAGAAAGAGAAAGUUUCCAGGAUCAGGUGAGAAUGCUCAAGACUCAAUUGCUUUUGAGACAAAGAAAUGGAUCUGAUGGGGGCCAGAAUCCUGAGGAAGACCAUCUGCAAAAUGGCGCGGACUCACAUGUGAUGGAACUCCAGAGAGAUGCGAGCAGACAAAUCAGCGACUUGAAGUUCACACUGGUGAAAUCGGAACAGCAAGUUGCCACUCUUGAACAGAAUGUCAUCCGGCUGGAAGGUCAGGUGACUCGAUACAGGACAGCGUCGGAGAGCGCACAGAUGGUCGAGGAUGAGCUGAAGGUCGAGAAGAGAAAACUGCAUAGAGAAUUGCGCUCUGCUCUGGACCAAAUCCAGGAGCUGGAGGCGACGAAUGGCCUCCUCACCAAACGUCUGGAGAAGAUGAAGGCCAAUCGCAGCAUCCUGCUGGCCCAGCAGUGACCCCCGACGUCUCGCUCAUCCCGGAAUGGACUCCCAUGUUCCCGAGACAGGACUCCCAAAUGACUCUCAGAGUUUGAAAACUUGUGGAAUCUUCUCCCCUUCGACCUGACCGACAAUCAGUUUUGAUGGGUGACAGACGCUUGAUUUUUACCAACAUGCAGGAGCAUGUGGGUGGGCUUUGUGCGACCAAGUAAUGUGUGGCUCUCAAGAAUGUCUCCUGCUGUCUUGAUGGUCACCAGCUCUGCUAGGUGCUGCAAACAAACAACUUCUCCCUCACCGACUUUCUCCUCCAACACUGGUUGGUUGUUUAAGCACUUAUUCAAUAUCAUAUUGAGGUCCUUGUACGAGGAAACUCUUUGUCCUUGCUAGUAAAACAAAUCCACGCGCUAGUAAAACAACUGCUUUAUUGGUAAUGUUUUUUCCAACACGGUAUGACAUUAUUGUGCACUUGUAGAACGAGUAGGGCAGUACAAAAAUUACGUGUACUUGUUGACAACGGCAUGCUACUAGUACUACGAGUGGCAUAGAAUUCUACUAGUUAACAUCUAAGCACUUCACUAGUAGUAGGCUACUAGUACUGUGCAGAUGUCAAGAAGUGCACAAUUUUGCCUCACUAUUAACAUAUUAAUUGUACUAGUGAACUGAUUUGUCUCAUGAGUGAGGACAAAGAACAUACUGUACUAGUAAGUGGACAGUUCAGCACACUAGUAGAAUGACCAGGGUUCACUCGUGACCUUUAUUCCACUACUGUAGGACAUUUCUGCACACUAGUUGAAAGAUUAGGGCACACUUAGUAGAAAGUGUGUAGUAGUAGUAGAAACUCUCACUAAAACACUUGCUGUUUUUUUUUUUCUGCACACUAAGAAAAUGUCAUACGAGUGAUGUUUUUUCCACUAUUGUCUUCCACUACUGUAUGACAUUUCUGCACACACGUAGAACACGUUUUUUCAUUUCGCACUUCACUACAUGAACAAAUAGGGUGCAGAUGGUAACUAGUGAAGUUUGUACUCACUAGUAACAUAUAGUUGUUCUACUAGUGCAUCCUAGUCAUUGUACUAGUGUGCUAGAUUGUACAAGUACAGUACAAGUAAAUACCUUAAACUGGAUAGCAAGGAUAUCAAAUACAGUAAAUGCUCAAAUGGCUUGCCAGAGGUUGCGCCAUUUGCUCCAGGAGAAGACUUGUGGCAUUGUGAUUUACUUGUGUGUAAAUACAUGGGUGAUGCAUCAACACUUGUUGUCGCUGAUUGGGUUGUGGUCCAUUCGCCUGACCUCCGUGCGAGCAGCACCAGUUCAGUUCCUACUUGUUGGUGGUGGAAAUGCAAGUGUGAAUGGUUGUCCGUCUCAAUAUGUGCUCUGUGUUUGACCAGUCCAGGACCCUAUCCAAAAUAGAGCUUGCGGGCCAUUUGCAGCCCACUGACUAGUUUUAGCGGCUGUUGGGGGGGGAGGGCUGUUUGUGCUCUGGUUUCCACCCACAUCCCCAAAACAUGCGUGGUAGGUUAACAGAAGACUCUAAAUUGCCCGUAGGUGUGAGUGGUUGUUUGUUUCUAUGUGCCCCGCGAUUGGCUGGCAACCAGUUCAGGGUGUAUCCCACCUCUUGCCCCAAGAUAGCUGGGAUAGGCUCCAGCACGCCCGCGACCCUUGUGAGCACACCAUGCCAGAGCAGUAACAAUGCUCAAGUCACGCACAGAUCGCUGCGAUCACGCAUCGUCCUCUUACGCACAGAGAAGGGUUCCAAUGUCUCCAUGCGAGACUGGGAGUGAGCCACAUUUAAAGGGAAUGAGAGGAGUAGCUUUGAUUGGUGGUGACUGAAGUCUGGUGUAAACACUCCCACAGUGGCGCAGCCCGCCCACGCUCGUCUACAAAAUGACAUCAGUCUAACCCGCCUCUGGUGCAGUGUGGCGCUGCCCGCUGUGCAGGAAUUACGACGUUGACGAAAGUAGAGCCCUUAGUGUUUGAAGUAUAGUUUUUAAUAUUAAGGAUUAAACAUGAAAAAUACCUUCAUUUCACCUUCAACAACCACAUCAGGUUGACUUCACAACGAAAAUAUUCACAUUUCUUCAGAAUCCACAGUUUCCAUCAGACGCAGUUGUUAGUCCUUGUCUACUUGAAGCUGCUGAAACUUGCCACCCUCCUUGAAGACUUGAGGCUCCAGGUGACAUUUCUUAAAUGUCAGUCUUGAGUCCCACAAGACUUAGGCGCUUCCGUUUUUUUCCCGACAAGGUGGCGCUGGUGUCCUCUGUGUCACAGUCCUUAGCGGGUGCUUCCACGGAAUUGCCAGGGGCAUCAGCGCCACUGUCCACCGCCAGACGGGUGAGAUGGACCGUGGUCGUUCUGGAUGGAAUGGCGUGACUGUUCUCCAUCAGCUGGUGCCGACAGUGGAACAGGAUCAGGAAGCAGCGGUGGAACUGAUGGGAAGAGGAAGGGAGGGUCAAACAAAUUCUAUUAUUUCCCCUACAGGUGUUAUGCUAGGUUUACAUUAUGGUUUACAUUAUCUACGACCGAUGGCGGUAUGUUCCUUCUUGACUUGUCACGUUCUGAUGGGGUUUCUUACGUUCUGAUCAUGGACUGACAUGUUUUUCACUUUCUGUCAAGGCUUUCCAUAGAUGAAACGUUCAAGCAUGUUUGUGGCCGGAGCAGACACGAAUCAUACCCCCGGAAGCAUAAUGUAAAUGUCGCAUUGACAUACGUAUUAAGCCACCUGGCUCAUACACUAAUGCACCAGUCUCCAACCACUAGGCGGCGGACCGCUACCGACUCAGGAGAAAAUUGGUACUGGGCCGCACAGAGCGACAAAUAAAAAAUAUUUUAUUCAUCAUCAGAGUCUGAGUCCGUUUUGCGCUAGAGCCCAUAAAGCAUUGACUGACUAUGUGAAAAAGAUCAAUUUUCAGAUACGAUUUAAACAGCAGAACAAUAAGUCAAGAUCACCUCCCAGUUGGAAUUGAUGUGACUUUCCUACCUUAAUGCCUUGGGAAAAAAAUGCUUUUACUGAGCGGGCGAACUCUCAGUGAGAAAAGUCUGACAACGACAAGAAAUCAAUGACGCUAAGCGGUACAGAAAACGGAUGGAUGGAUGCUUUAUGAUGUAGAUGACGGG